AUGGCCGUCGCAUCUUCUGCGAAGGCCAAGUCGGCCUGCAAAGCCAACACCAACAACAGCAACAAUGCCAGCUCCAAGGCAAAGUCACAAAUGCACCGCCGUUCAAGGACAGGAUGCUACACCUGCAGAUUGCGCCGCAAGAAGUGCGACGAGGGCUCGCCAAUGUGCUCCGCUUGCAAACAUCUUGGUUUGACAUGCGAAUACAAGCGCCCAAUGUGGUGGAGCAACAACGAUGCCCGCCGCAAGCACAAGGACGACAUCAAGAUGAUUAUCAAGCGCAAGAAGCUCUCGGAAAAGGCGUCGCACACAAUUCAGACUUCCGUCGGCUCUCCUCCCGGCCUGUCGCACUCUCUGCCCACCUCUGCUACCUUCUCCGACCCUCUAGACCGCACUCGCUCCGCCUCCAUCGACUCGCACUUUUCCCAGGCUUUCAACUUCAACAGCCCGCCAACUGUCGGUGCCGAGUAUGCUGCCUACAACCCCCAGAUGCACCCCGACUUCAUGUUCGGUGGCUUUCCCUCGCCUUACGAGAUUGACGUCAAGACUGAACGCCAGGUCUACAUGAACGAUGUGCCCACUCUGAGGGAGUCGACCAUUUCCACCUUUAGCACCUACCACACUCCCCCACCCCCGGGAACCAUCCUGCCUUCCUCUGUGCCCCUCGACGGCGAGUGGACCGAGCAGAUCUACUCUGAGCGUAAGGAGUCCCUCAGCGAGGAGGCUCUCAACGUCAACUUCUUCGACUUCUCUCAUGGCCCGGCCAUGUCCAACCGCCAGGUCGCAGUUGAGCUUGAUGAGAACGACCAGCGCCUGCUGGACCACUUUAUCCAAUUCGUCCUGCCCACCAUCUUCCCCAUUCUCGACUCCAACCAACAUGGCUCAGUCGGCUCCGAUCUGAUCUUGCCGGCUCUGCAGAGCAACAAGGGUUACCUGCACUGCUGCCUGAGCAUCGCCGCCCAGCACUACAAGGCAACCAUGAACGUCCCCGGAGAGGAAAUUGACCAGGACAUUAUGCGCCAUCGAUACGCCACCAUCUCGUCUCUUUGUGACGCUCUGAACAAGGACGAGAACCAUCAGGAGAUUCUCGAGGCUGCUUUGGGUCUCAUCUUCUUCCAGUGUGUCGUCGGUCGCUUCGACGAUGCACUGCCCGACAUCCCUUGGCACCAGCACUUCCAAGCUGCCAUCAGCUUGGUCCAGAAGCUUGACCUCCCCCGCCUGGUGUCGGACCCCAAUGAGCAGAUGACUCAAACUCCCUUCAACAUGACUUUGACCUCCUGGAUUGAUAUCCUCGGCGCCACCAUGCAGGGACAAGCACCGACCUUCGCUCACACCUACCGUGAGAAGCACCUGUCAAACAACCCCAGCCUGGGUCUUCGCGAGCUCAUGGGUUGCGAUGACCGUGUCAUGUACCUCAUCUCUGAGAUCGCCUGCCUCGAAGCUCUCAAGGGAAGCGGCAUGGACGACAUUACUCUUUGCCAACACGUCCAUGCACUUGGUGACCAGAUCAACCUCACCGAGAUUGGCGAGCCUGGUCCCAAGAUGCCUUACAACAAUAAUGGAAGCCUUUCCCCUAAGCAGCUUUCCAAGAACAUGACAGCCGCAUUCCGCCUUGCCGCUCGCAUUUACCUUUGCAGCUUGGUACCCGGCUUCAAUCCCGCGCAGGCUUCCUGCGUCGGCUUGGUUGAGAAGCUUGCCAACGUUCUCCAACUCAUCCCCUCGGGACCUGGAGGCUUCGACCGCAGUCUCGUCUGGGUGUACCUCGUUGGCGGCUCUGUCAGCUUGCCUGGCAGCUCUUUCCGCGCCCUCUUUGAGGACCGCGUUGCCCAGCUUGGCGAUGUCUCUGACUGCGGCUCUUUCGGUCGCGUCGCCUCCCUCCUCAACGAAGUAUGGAUGCAGACAGGCAACAUCAAGAGCAGUGACAGCUGCGCCGGCAGCCCUGGUUCCACGCAAGGAGCUGAGGCGGUAGCAUACAUCCACUGGAGGGAUGUCAUGCAGAUGAAGGGCUGGGACUUCUUGCUCAUCUAG